AAUUUUCCACCCAAAAAAAAAAGUGGAAAACAAAAAUGAAAUGAUCUCCAAAACACCAUAUUAAAAAGAAUCAGUUAAGGAGAAGAUCUAGUAAGGUAAAAAAAAAAAAAAAAAAAUCAAAACAAUGGCGAUUGCGAAUAAGCGAAUUAUAUUACCUGCAUUACUAUGGCUCCUGGCUCUCUUCGGAUUCUUACUUCUAAUUCUGAAUCAUUUAAGUGAUCCUGGAUCAUCCCCAGUGGAGAAAGUUAGUGAUCCACAUGUAAUUAGUAAGGAUCAAGGGAGGGAUUAUGAGGAGAAGUUAUCGUCGUCGGAUGAUGGAAUGAAACAAGUGACUCACAAGGUUUUCUUUGAUGUAGAGAUUGAUGGGAAGCCUGCUGGAAGAAUCAUAAUGGGCCUCUUUGGAAAAUCAGUUCCCCGAACUGUAGAGAACUUUCGAGCACUAUGCACGGGUGAGAAAGGAACAGGAAACAGCGGGAAACCUCUGCAUUAUAAAGGAAGCAAAUUUCACCGGAUCAUCCCAAGCUUUAUGAUUCAGGGGGGUGAUUUCACUGUCGGUGAUGGCCGUGGUGGAGAGUCUAUAUAUGGCGAGAGGUUUGCAGACGAGAACUUCAAAAUGAAGCAUACCGGUCCAGGAAUUCUCUCGAUGGCAAAUGCUGGACCAGAUACCAACGGGUCACAGUUCUUUAUUACAACUGUUAAAACAAGCUGGUUGGAUGGGAAACAUGUCGUGUUUGGUGAAGUCUUGUCAGGAAUGGACGUUGUCCACAAGAUUGAGGCGCGAGGAACGAACAAAGGGAUACCAAGCAGCAAAGUUGUCAUAGCGAAUUCAGGGGAGAUAGCGUCCUCAGGACUUUAAAAGGCAUUGCAAUUUGCACUUCUUCCGAUCCAUUCUACCCAGACGUGACACCUCUGGACUUACGCAAUAUAGCAGAUUAUACUUUUUUCGUUGAUCCAACAAAUAUAGUAGCCUCUUGUUAAAUGUCGAUAUUUUUUGUUGAAAUCUCGGCAUAACUUGCCCAGUUUAUAUAUCACCAACUUUCUACUGCAGUAAAGUAGAAAUCUGCACUUAAAUGUUUCCAUUGUCAUCGUCAUAGUUAGUAUUUCCCGGUGGCUGAAGCUGUAAACAUCGUUUGGAAUGGUUUGGAUGACGGCAAGUUAUACCCUUAUCCAAGGAGGAUCCAUGAUAUUACAUGAAAGUUAUCGGAUUCUCCAGUUGCUUCGCCAUAAUUAAACUUAUUAAACCUUAAUGAACUUAUUAGAUUUGAAAUUGAGUUUUAGAAAGCAAUGAAAUAGAAGUUCAUAAAAACAAUCAGUAUGGUGUUGCUGGAGACACUCGAAUUAUCAAUAAUGCUUAGUUCGGUUAAAAUAGUCAGAUUUUAUAUUUAGAUUAAAGUUUAUUAUUUUAUUCUUAUCACUGUAUAAUAUUUAU